ACCGAAACUAGAGAGAACAUACCAUAAUGGAGUCCGGACACAACAGCUUAAUGUUUUCUUUUGUUUUUGUUUUCAUCUUCCAAGCCUACUUGCUGAUUAUUUGUCAUUCCAAAUCAGUCGUUAAAGCACUUCCGGGAUAUACCGGCGAUCUUCCCUUUAAACUUGAAACCGGUUAUGUUGGAGUAGGGGAGAACGAAGAUGUGCAAUUGUUUUACUUAUUUGCUGAGUCAACAAGAAACCCCGAAGUCGAUCCACUUAUAUUCUAUAUUCCUGGUGGUCCUGGCACUUCUUCGUUAUAUACUUUCUUGUAUGAAAUAGGUUCACUUCAGUUCGACUUGGAUAAUAGUCAAGAUAAUAUAACAUUAGUCUCCAAUCCAAACACAUGGACACAGAUGGCUAAUCUUAUAAUUGUGGACAUACCGGCUGGUACUGGCUUUUCCUAUGCCGAAACGAAAGAUGGAUGGAUUAGCAGCGACACCAUCUUGUCUAUCCAAGCUAACGAAUUUAUAAAGAAGUUUCUUCUUGAUCACCCCAUGUUCUUAAAAAAUCCCUUAUACAUAGGAGGGAUUUCUUAUACGGGUAUGCUCGUUCCCAAAAUCGCUCUAGAAAUAUAUGAAGGCAAUGAGCGCGGAGAUCAACCAACAUUAAAUAUUCAAGGAUACAUUGUUAUCAGUCCUCUCACGGAUAAGUUUAAGGAUUUCAAUUCAAGAUUUGAAUAUGCUCAUCGUAUGGCACUUAUAUCAGAUGAUAUUUACAAGUCUGCGGUCAAUAAUUGUUAUGGUAACUAUGUGAACAUCGAUAGAACAAACACAUUAUGUGCAAAUAGUCUUGAUCAAUAUGAACAGUGCAUAAUGCGUCUUAAUUUCGAUAACAUUUUGGAACCAUUCUGUGAUGAAAAUGAUCCGGAGCAACAUUGCGAAAGCAAAUUUAACAUGGUUGCCGAGAGUUGGGCAAACUCUGAAGCUGUACAACGAGCUCUCAACGUUCGUCAAGGAAAAAUUGGAAAAUGGGAGAUGCGCAAUGAUACCAUUCAUUACUCUCAAGGAAAGAAUGACACGUUUUGUUAUUCAUAUGAUAUUUUUAGUAGCUUUGGGUAUCAUGAAAAACUUGGUAGCAAACAUUGUCAAUGUUUCAUCAUGAGUGGCGACCAUGAUAUGACAUUUCCAUAUGUUGGGGUUGAAGAAUGGAUAAGUUCACUUAAUAUUGCAGUUGAGAUCCCUUGGAAACCGUUCUAUGUUGAUAGUCAAGUUGGCGGAUAUGAGAUGAAAUAUGCCAAAAAUGAUCAUUAUUCAUUGACAUUUGCCACAGUUAAAGGUGCAGGACAUAUGGUGCCUUAUUACAAGCCUAAAGAAAGUACUGCAGUGAUAGAUAGAUGGUUUUCCUCACAAACUUAUUCAAGCGAUUAUUAAAUAAGAGGAGAUGGAACAUUAUGUGAUGUGCUCAUGAAAUAAAUCAUUCGAAAAAAAUGACUAUCACUUGAUUUUGCAAGA